AUGAGUAAGGAUGGGGAUAUGGUCAUAAAAGGGGCCGAAAAACCUGAGAAAAGGCGCUUUUUUAAUGAAGAUCUUGAAGAAGAUGGCGACGGCGCCAACGAUACGACAGGCGAUGGCGUCUUGCAAAAUGACCUUAGCAACCAAAACUCAUUCUUGUUUGGAGGAGCAAGCGACACUCCCGGGGUUGAAGAGAGCAUGAAUGAAAUCGAAGAGAUCAAAGAUGUUAUUCCCAACCUUACAGACUCCCAAGCGAACGACCUGCUGCAGAAAGCAGGCACAUCGAGCGAUAAACGCGAGAGGAUAGCCAGCGCCGUGGAAAUAUACUUUGAGAAUCAUGGACCUCAAUCGAAGCCAACGGAACCAAAGCAAAGCAGACCUUCCCCUCAGCCAGGAAGUGCAUUUAAGCUAACCAAAAUCUCCGCCCCGCUCUCACCUACCCCAGCCAAGAGAAUCAGAGACUACGGAGCGCGCCUAUUCAAAAAGCACAAACCAACAGUGCGGUGGCGACGCUUUAUAGGGUCAAUGCAAGUAAGUGCGCUUGCAACAAGACCUACUGUCAAACCGUUAAAAUACGGAAGUGAGCUUAAAAUUCUCAGAACAUCCAGCGAUGCUCUAGGAAAAUUGUAUUACGCUAAUGGGCGCAAAAAGGCCUCGAUGGCAAACUACGUGCGGCUAGUAGACGAAAACCUUAACCGCGAGGUCGGCCGUGUGCCGGAGGAUGUCGCUAUGAUCCUUUUUCCCCUAGUUGAUUCUGACGAACUGGACUUUGAGGCCACUAUGAUAUAUUGCAAUAAUCGCAGAUUAAGUGUUGGUGACUCUUUUAUCGUUCAGCUCGAUUGUUUUCUGACGUCUGUUAUGUUUGAGAAUUACUCGACCCUAACAAGAAAUACCCCGGUCUUGAAUAAGCGAACUUUUUCUCAAAAUGUUGUUGAAAGCGAAGAAGAGCUUCGACUCAAAUCGAGGAGGCUUGCGCUAAUCUCUCUGUUUGAUCAGGUUCAGCUAAGGACAAUCUCAGAGAAUGAUAGUCUCGAUUCAAGUUUCGACGAACCUGCGGAGGUCGUCGAUCUUGACAAUGAGAGUGAUAGCGGGGGCGAGACUGCUAAGAAUGUUGACAUACGUUCCAUUCAACCUUCCCAAAUACAGGAUGAUGUUCUGAACGUAAACCAAUUGAAAUCAUUAUACAAAUCAACCUUAUCAAUGGAAUCAUCUAAAUUUCUUCCUGAAACUAGCCCUUCUGUGGAAUCUUUCCAAUUAGAACUGAGGCGCUAUCAAAAACAGGGGUUGACGUGGAUGCUUCGAAGAGAGCGGGAAUUUGAUUUGGUUUCAGAUACAGCUUCUUCCGAGGAGGUGGAUGGCGAUAUGAUGAAUCCAUUGUGGAAGAAGUUCAGGUGGCCAAAAGAUCUGUCUUGGGCAUCCCAAAAACAGACGCGCAUAGAGUUGCACUCUCAACAUAGCGUGGAUUGCUUCUACGCCAACUUGCAUACCGGCGAAUUUUCCCAGGCGAAACCAGUGAUUAAGUCAAUGCUAAAAGGUGGUAUAUUGGCUGAUGAAAUGGGCCUUGGUAAGACAAUCUCUACACUAGCAAUGAUUCUAACUGUUCCACAUGAUAGAGGAUACCAUGAGCGAAAGCCCUCUGAACAACAGGAAAAGCUUGACGCUGAUAUAAGCAUAUUAGGCUCCCAACGAGUAGAGCACUCGAAGCCAUAUGCUUUCAAAACCACACUAGUAGUUGUACCCAUGUCUUUGCUUUCACAAUGGCAGCAGGAAUUUGAAAAAUCUGUAUCUAACCCGGAGUUGCACUGCGAAAUAUACUAUGGAGGCAAUACUAGUAGUCUAAGAACGCUACUAACGAAAAACAAAUCCCCUCCUAUAGUUCUGUUGACAACGUAUGGUACCGUCCAGCAUGAAUGGAGUCGAUUAAUGAACAAAAAUACAGGCUACAUGGAGUCAGAUACCACUGGGCUAUUCUCGGUUGAGUUUUUCAGAAUUGUCAUUGACGAGGGUCACACAAUAAGAAACCGAAACACUAGAACUUCAAAAUCUCUGAUGGACCUGGAGAGCUCAAGAAGAUGGAUUUUGACAGGGACUCCUAUUAUUAACCGCCUUGAUGACCUUUUCAGUCUAAUAAAGUUUAUGAGGCUAGAACCUUGGUCUCAAGUUGGGUACUGGAAAACAUUUGUUUCCGACCCAUUCGAAAAGAAAAACUACAAGAGCGCAUUUGACGUUGUCUCGUCUAUUCUCGAACCUGUAAUUUUACGCAGAACCAAAGUAAUGCGGGGCGUCGACGGAAAGCGACUUGUUGAACUUCCUCCUAAAGAAGUAAUAAUCGAGAAAGUUAGCUUUAAUAAGAGCGAAGAUACCCUUUAUCAGUACUUUUUGAAUAGAGCUGAAAAUUCUGUCAAAGAAGGUCUUGAUAGGGGUGAUUUACUGAAGAAAUACUCGACAAUCUUGGUUCAUAUUUUGAGGCUAAGGCAAGUUUGCUGCCACUCGGACUUACUAGGAUCUCUGGACGAAAAUGACGAAGAUUUAACUGAAAAUAAAAUGUUGACAGAACCUGUUAAGAUUGAUGAGAAGUUAGCCAAUGCGACAUCCUCUUCAGAUAUAAGCCAGGAAGAACUUGACGCCAUUAUAUCUCUCGUGCAAACCAAAUUCCCAGAUGAAGAACAGUUUAAGAAGCUUGAAUGCUCCAUUUGCACCUCUGAGCCGAUUGAGCCAAUCAUGCAAGUUGUGUUCACGGAAUGUGGACAUACGUUUUGUGAACUCUGCAUCCUGGAAUACAUUCGCUUUCAAAGUGAACGGAAACAGGAAGUCAAAUGUCCCAAUUGUCGGCAAGCAAUAGAUUCUAAAAAGCUGCUUACACUUGAAAAUGACUCGAACAAAAUUAAAAUCGUUCAUUACAACGGUGGUUCUAAAUCAUCCAAAAUCACUUCGUUAGUGAAGAGCCUGAAGAGGCUGCAAGAUGUUUCUUCCGGAGAACAGGUCGUAGUGUUCUCACAGUUCUCAUCAUUUUUAGACAUAAUGCAAAGGGAACUAUCUGCCUCAUUCUCAAGUUCCGUCGCGCAGAUAUACAAGUUUGACGGGAGGCUUUCCAUGAAGGAGCGUUCUAGAGUACUUCAUGAUUUCGCGACAAAAGACCUUUCAAAGCUUAAGAUUUUGCUUCUUUCCCUGAAAGCUGGCGGCGUGGGAUUGAAUCUUACAUGCGCUUCGCGCGCUUAUAUGAUGGAUCCUUGGUGGUCCCCCAGCCUAGAGGAUCAGGCAAUUGAUAGAAUCCAUCGUAUUGGCCAAGUUAAUGACGUUAAAGUCGUGAGGUUUAUCAUGGAACAUAGUAUCGAAGAGAAAAUGCUACGGAUUCAAGAAAGAAAAAGGACCCUUGGUGAAGCCGUCGACGCUGAUGAGGAUGAAAGAAGGAAACGAAGAAUUGAAGAAAUACAGAUGUUAUUUGAGUAA